AUGUCGUACGGGAAGGAGGACACGCGCUACGCCAGGCCAGGUGAUGACGGUGGCCGUGACUUGCAGACGCAGUCGUUCCGGGCUCACGAGCACACGGGCGCUCACAAGGCGGCGAUUGAGCGGCAGACGAAGAUUGCGAAGGGCAUCAACAACGGGCAGCAGGUGAUUUCAAACUUCAUCAAUUCGGACAUCGAGGGGAGGCGCGCGAUUCGACUCAUGCGGGAGGCUCUGGCUGUGAAGGACGCUGCGACGUCAAACCCGGACCUGGACAUGGUGGACAAGGUGGUGCGCACAGUGGUGGCAGAGCUCGGGACGUCGUGCGUCUGGAGUCAACGCUUCAAGUACCUGCAGCGAGUCAUCUACAACACCAACCUUGAAGUCCAGGGGAUCCACACUAUUCGCUGGCUGUCACGAGGCGAUGCCGUGCGUCGGCUGUGCAAGGUCCUGGGCGCGUGCAUCGUUCUGCUCUGGAAGAACAGCCACAAGGCCUACGAGAUCGUGACAAGCUACAAUUUCCAGUUCUGCCUGUUUUUCCUUGCCGGCAUCCUCGCAGACAUGAACGACCUCAACCGCUGUUUCCAAAAGCGUGAUCUGGAUGUGACGGAGAUUUCCAAGACCAUCGAGGGCACAACGACGGAUCUGACGCAGCGGUACUUGGAGAACGGUUUGCAGUUUGGUGGCGAGAGCAAGUGCUGGCUGGUCGGCUUUCUGCAGCUGCACGGGCAUGGCGGAGGCAAGAAGGGGAAAGCCAAGGAGGGUGAAGACGAGGCAGGCACUUCCGGGCAGAACGAGGAGGAGGAGGGGGAGGAGGUGGAGGAGGAGGAUGUGGAACAGGACCUGGGCGACGAUCAGGAGCUCGUGGGGGAGGAGGAGGAGGAGGAGGACAACCCCUUCCUUUCGGACGAUGAGGAUGUGGAGGAGGUGUUCCACAUUGACAAGCCCGUGCACUAG